AUGAAUUUUGAUAAAAAGAGAAAAGAUGAUCUACAAAAAGAAAGGAAUAUAAUAAACUUAUCAAAAAUAUAUCACAGAAAACUUGAAACUCUUUUAAUUUAUAUAAAUAUUCCAAAAAAAAAAAAAGAUUAUAUUUCCUAUGAUGAUUUUUUCGAUAGUAUAAAAGAUGUAUCCUCAUACAUAAAUACGAUAACUAAGCCGGGCCAUGUUGGGGAUGCCGAGAAUGCCGAGAAUGCUGUAAAUUCUGGAAGUGAUGAACAUGCUGGGAGUGCUGGGAAUGAUGGCAGUGCUAAAAUAAAUGCAGACAAAAACAUCUUUAUCAAAAAUUUACUUAUUUUCCUAAACAAUUUAAUAUCAUUAUAUUUAUCUAAAAGCGAUUUGAUAGAUGUAUGCAUAAAUAGACGCGAAUACAAUAAAUGUGGGUUUUAUGCUUGUGAUAAUGUUUUUCUAAAUAAUUUAAAUAAAAGCAAAUAUAAAAUUGACACAAAAAAUAAACAUAUUUAUUUAAGAGAAUAUUAUGAUAUAUUUUGUUCAGCAAAUUGUAUGAAUUAUAAUUUAUAUUUAAUAAAAGAAAUUGUUAAUAAUCAUAAAAAUAAUAAAGAAAAUAUUAAUCUCAAAAAAAAAUGUCAACUUAUUCAUAUAAUGUUAUUAACAUUUUUUCCUUUUUUUAAACUAUAUGAUAUUAAUUUUUUAUUUAACAAUCUUGAUAAAUUCAAAAUUCUGAACAAUAAAAUUUCAUUUCUCAAUGACACUCCACAAUCUUACAAUCAAACUUCGCAACCUCCCAAUGAGUUUAUCGAAAUGGCCACAUCGGCCGAAGAUCCCAAGGCUGACAAAAAUGACAAAGUUUGCAAAAAUGAGAAGAAUGACAAAGUUGAGAAGAAUGAGAAAGCUGACAAAAUUGGCAACGUUGACAAAAAUGAGAAGAAUGAGAAAGCUGACAAAAAUGAGAAAGCUGACAAAGUUGAGAAGAAUGACAAAGCGGGGGGCGGUGUGAAGAAAAAAAAAAAAUCCGUGAGUUUCAGUGAAGAUGUUAAACUGUUUAAAUAUUUUAAAGAUGAUUGUGUUAGUGAAUAUUCUAUAGAUAAAGGUUGUAUAUGUAAAGACAAAAUAGAUGACCAUGGAAUAAGUUUGAACGAAAUCGAAUCUGAAAUUCCAAAAGCGGUGGGGAAAAAUGAAGCGGUGGAAAAAAAUGAGGCAGUUGAAAUAGGGUCCUCAAAAGAGAUGGGGGAAAAGGAGGCAGCUGAAAUAUUUGAGGGUAAUGAAAAAAGAGAAGAUUUAGAAAAUAGCGAAAAAAUAGACAGCACAAAUGCGUGUUUACGUGAAGAAGAAAUGAAUAAAAUAUAUGAACAAGUCAGAAAUUCUAUGAUUUUUAAUAAAAAAUAUUCUUUUGAAAAUAUAUGGAAACAAACAACUUUAGAUGGAACAAAAAUGAUAGGAUUUGAUUAUACAAAAGAAGAUAUUAUAAAUAGUGCUUCUCAAAAAAUGAAUGAAAUUAAUUUAAAAUUAAACAAAGAAAAACAAGAAAAAAAAGUUGUACUAUUAGAUAGUUCAACCAAAAAACAAACAACCUUAACAAGCAAUAAUAUAGCCAAAGAAAAUAUUGAUGACAAAAAAUUGAACCGUGAAAUGUCAGACUCCAAUAUUGUUCAAAAUAAAUCAAAUUCAGAGAAUUCUAUCUCUGAAAAGGGUAACAUAAAUCAAGUUUCAAUUUUGAAGAAAAAUAAUGUGGAUAAAAAUGGUGUAGAUAAAAAUGGUGUGGAUAAAAAUGGUGUAGAUAUAGAUGUAGAUAAAAAUGGUGUAGAUAUAGAUGUAGAUAAAAAUGGUGUAGAUAUAGAUGUAGAUGACCCAUGUGAGAUUAGCGAACUCUCUGAACCAGAUGAAAUUGAAAUAUCAGAAAUAGAAAAUAUAUUAAUGGAAAGGAAAGAACAAAUUAAAGAAGAAUAUUUUGAAAAAUUAAAAAACCCGAUUUCAGCAUAUUUUGAUGAUCCUUGUACUAUUAGUGAAGAACAAGAAUCUGAAAUUUCUAAUAAAAAUAAUUUUGAAUCUAAAAUAGAAGGAGAAAAUAAAUUGUUAUAUGAAUUAGAAGAUGAUGUUGAAACAAUCGAAUCAGAGAUUUCUGAUGAUGAUAAUAAUAUAUUAGAAACAAAGAUCAAAAAUGAUAAUAAAAAUAUUGAAAAUAGUUUUGUAACAAAUAAAUAUAUACAUAGUUCUAAAAAAGGAGAUAUUUAUGAAAACAUGUCAUUAUAUAUAGUCUUAUGGGAUAUAUUUACAAGUAACAUAUCAAAAUAUACUGUUUAUUUUUUUGAAAAAAAUGAAUUUAUUAUUCCCAAAUCUAUUAAUGAUGAAGAAAAAGAAAGAAAAAAAGAAUUUAUUAAUAAUAUAUCGAAAUAUAUACCAAUAUAUGUUAAUUUUCUUUCUUCAAUAAUUAUAAAUGUAUGUAGAACAUUUUUAUUUCACAAACCUUUGUUGCCUUUUAAAAAAGCUAUAUAUAAAUCAAUAAUUUGUGUUAUCGUUGUUACAAUAAAAAAGUAUAAAACAGAGCUAAUACCAAAAUGUGAACAUAAUAAUAUUAAAUUAGCUGAAGAUUAUUUAAUUCAGGAAAACCAAAUUGAAGGGGAUGAGUUAAACGACUUAUCCAUGCUUUUUUUUCAAAACAAUUUUUACUAA